CCCAAAUGCGCUGGCUCACGGCCCAACUUCCUUCCUGACAGCCCUGUGCCACAGUCGGAAAAACACAGCCAUGCCGACAAACAACAUCAGACAGACGGUCGAUGAGAUUAUUGACUGGCUGAAAAAAGUCUCAUGUUUCGAUGACGGAUUGGAAUUAACAGAAAUUAUCCGUCGCGGCGAAUUGGCGACUUUGACCGACGAAGUAGCCGUGCAGCUUUUGUACCGCCAGUUCAAACACGAAUUCAUACGGCUGAAACGUGUCAAUUACACCCUCGAGCAAGGCGAUGGAGAUCCUCUUAAGGGAAGUUUAGAUGGGAAAGCCCUUACACCGUCGCAGUUUCUUUUUGGUCAGGAUUUCGCAGAGAUAAACCGAACGGUGGUCAACUUUCUCUCAUUAAAAUGGCUACUCGAGGAUAAAUAUCAGGCAUUUACGGCGCAUCAGCCCGGUGUCGUGAAGCUGUCCGAAACAACGUUCAGGCGCUUUCGCGACCUAGCGCGGGAUAUCUUGAAAACAACGGAUGAUAUACUGGCCUUGGUAGUAUCUUUGAUACUAGGGGACGUGGGGAAGGAUCCUGUACUAGAAAGAUUCGUGCACAGGAAAGAUGGCAAAAAGCCAAACCAUGACCAGGUUCUGGCCAGAGCAAUUGAACUAGGUCGGUUUCAGAAGCCGCUGAACUUACUCUCGGACAACAAGCGGGAAGAGGUACUUCUAGGGGUACAGGUCGGUGCAAAGCUCAACAUUCCACAAUUAACACAAGGUGAGAAUGUCCCAGGAAGUCUAGAGAGUAUUCUCAUGCUGCGAGGAAAUCCACAGGCAUUUAACCUAAAGUAUCUCGAAAUUAUGCUGGAUGUAUCCGGAGCAGGUGCUCAUGUUGACGCGCGUGGUGCCGUUCGCAUGAUCGAGCCGGUCUGUCAAUCCUUCUUAUCCGCCUACCCGGUGUUGAUGAAUGUCAUUACCGAGAAGCUUUCUGUGCGCGAUGCGUAUAACACAGUCCUGCAAAAUCGAGGUCAGCUACUAGCCGACCAGGGCUUCCAUGCGUUAUCCACAAAUAAUCGCGGCGACCGGGCCUUUCUCCGCUUAUGUGCGAUGGGUAGAGUAGCAGAUAAACAUCUAGCUGAACUGUUUGAGAAAGCAUUUAUAGACCUCCCGCAAUCCACACGAGAAGACCUUGUUAGUGGAUUGAACGUCGACGGGUGCAACGGUGAAGAUGCGGUAAUUCUGUACUACAUGCCCGCGAUAUUCGCGGAGGCAUUAAGGGUCACUCGUACUGCAUCAGAUAUAAAGAAAGUCCAAGUGCUUCAGAGCCUCAUGUCAUUGAUGGCGCGAACAUACAGCGAUACAAAGCCAGUUGACGGACAUCCCGGCGCCAUUCUUGAACGCGACGUGUCUGGGGCAAAAGACUAUAUACGACGGGACGGCUUCAUUGACGAUCCCACCAUUUUGGAUCAAUGCGUUCCUCCGGUAGCGACAUGUUAAUGCAGGGCUUCUGUGUGCUUUGAUUUGCCCCCGAAACUUGCUUAAUGUUAAGGUUCAGUUACUAUUGGGCAACCGUUAUGCGAGAUUAACGAGAAAUGAGCUCAUGACUUCCGACUAUUCUUACUUCAAACCUUUACUAUUCGAGCCUUGUGUUCUUUUGCCGCCCAGAAUAAGUUGUUUGUCCAUUCUUAUUCGGCUUUCUUAUGACAAGACCUUAUGCAUAUUUCUUUAUAAUGACGCCGCCACGCUUAUUGUGAAUCUGACUCAUGGGGGAGGCCUUUUCUGUUUUUCAUUUCCUGUUUAAUGGUUUGUUUGGAGGAGAUAUCAAUGUUUAUACAUGCUCGGGAAAUACUUUGAUCAAUAUUAGAAAAUGUUCUAUG